AUGGCCCACUGGCAGGCGUUCAGUGGAGAUUCGGGACGCCGUGGCCAAUUGUUCGCCUGCAAUCUGGCCGUGAAACCCGGCACUGACGGCCACGAAGCGAGCUUCUCUCCCAAGUUGGCGAAUCACACAAAAUCCCGUCCAUGUCCUACCCACCAGAUAUCUAAAGAACCCGCCGUGUCUGCUUCUCUCGAUGUUGCCUCGCCUUGCUGUAGCGGCCCAGCGUCUGCCAUGGCGUCGACCAGCACACUUGAACUAACGCCAGAGUUCCUGGCGCAGGAUCGACGCCCGCAGGCGAGGAUCGGAAUUGGCGUCGUGACGGCAUUGUCUGGAGUGAUCGUCUUGAUUCGAGUCUACGCGCGAUGGUUCAUGAUCCGCAGUUUUGGGUGGGAUGACGGACUCAUCUGCAUAGCGAUGUUACUAAACAUCGCCGUCAUGGCCCUCACCACACAAGUCCUCCGCUACGGCGCCGGCCUGCACAUCUGGGCCCUCGAUACCGCCGAAACCCCGCUGCUCUACAAAUGGCUCGUCGCUGCGCAGCUGGUAUACAUGAUCGCAUUGUGGACGUGUCGACUCUCCGGUCUGGCCUUCUACCGUCGAUUGAACCCCAUGCCUCAGUUCCAACUCUACCUCCAGAUCUCCUUUGCAUUCGUCACGGCCGUCAUGCUCGCCCAGGUCCUCAUCAUCGCUCUGCAAUGUAUCCCGCUGGCUGCGCUCUGGGGCGGCGCUACCGGGAAGUGUCUGGGAUCGAAAACGGUGUUUAUUUCCACUGCCGCGAUGACCAUCAUCUGCGACUCGCUGAUCUUGCUGUUGCCGGUCAAGAUUGUGUUUUCUAUCAAGGCGAAUGCAACGCGUAAGGCGGCGUUGAGUGUGGUGUUGACCUCCGUCGCCCGCAUCAUCUCCAUGAUCCCUGCUAUUCAGAAAACCGACGCAACCUGGUACUUCUCGGUCGUGAUGGUCUGGUCCGAUACGGAAGUCAGCACGGCUAUUAUCGCCUUGUCGUUGCCGGCGUUGAAAGGACUAGUCGGUGCUGUGGCGGGCAGCACGCGGAAGGGAACUGAUCAGACACCAGGGAGUAAUGGGGGUCCGGAUCUGCAUUUGCAGAAUGUGCAUGCUGGGGGUGGCCAUCGUCUAUAUGAAGGGCCGGAAAGUUAUCCCAACGAGGCGCGGGCUGGUUUGGGGGAUAAUGCGAGUCAGGAGGCGUUGUGGGUGGAUACGACGGCCGGGAUUCAUGUCAAGAAUAGUGUGAGGGUUAGUGUGAGUGAUCGGUGA